UGCAAUUGUGGAUGCGGCGGGUGUUAAUCGCAUGUGCAUGUGCAUGUGCACCGCAGACACAUUGAACGUUGCCUUAACGCACAGGAUCCCAUAAAAUUACCCACGAUCUCCCCUCGAGCUAAGCUACGAAAGGACCAUGAACUUCACCCCGUUUGGCAACACUUUUCCCGGCAAUAUUCCCGGCCUGCCGCAAUUCACAACAAGCACAGCGCCUUUGGUUUCCACGGUGACCGCUGCCGUGGCGGAUGUGACGGUGACCGCCACCAAUAACCCCCAGCAACAGCAGCAGCAGCAGGAUGCUGCCGGCACUAGCAAUCGCUACCAGCAGCAGCAACAGGUCGCACACUUUGGCCAGGCCAAUCUGGCCACGGGUCAGAGUGGCAGCGGAAAUAACAAAUUCCGUGGAGGCCAAGAGGAUGCCCUGCAGGGUGACAAGUACAAUGGCCACCUGGUUGCCGCCUCCCAGCAACAGCAGCAGCAGCAGCAGCAGCAACAGCAGACGCAAUACGCCACGGUGGCCUAUGCCAGUGCAACCACAACAAGUGCCGCAGCGGAGGCGCUGCAAGCGAGCACUUCCGGUCAGCAGCAGCAGCAGCAACAGCAGCAGCAGCAGAUGCAGCAGCAACAAGUGACGGCCCCACAGGAACUCACACAAGAUCUGUGCAAUGCCAUUCUGCAGCAGCAAGUACUCCAAAAUACCUCGUGGCAAACACUAACGCCGGGCACCACCGUUGCCGACUACCUCUCGCAUCUUCCAGCCAACACGUUGCCCCUGUCGCUGCACCACUUCCUCAAGUAUUCCGCCGAAACGAUAAAAAAGGAGAAUCAGCAAAAUGUGGUACUGCAGGUGCAGACGGGACCAGCCAUUGGCAUCAAUACCCUUGGCACAACAACCAUUAGUAUACCUCAGCAGGAGCAGUUGACGUUGCAGCCGCAGCAGCAGCAGACGACAACGUUGCAGGUGCAAGCACAGGCAGCGGUUACGGCAACAGCAACGACGGCCACAGCGACGACAGCCGGUGGCAGUGGCAGUUCCUCCAAGAAGAAGAAGCGUAAAAAGCGUAGCAAGGACCGGAAACCAAAACUGCGACCCGGAGAGAUACGACUGGGAACAGCGCUCGAUGGUAGCCCACUGUACAUGUGCCCCGAAUGCCAUGUGGCGUAUCCAGAGCCCGAACUCCUCGAAGUGCAUCUGGUGGGUCACAACCUGGAGAAGCGGUAUGUGUGCGACAUAUGUCAGGCAUCGCUCAAGCGCAAGGAUCACCUCACCCGCCACAAGCAGUCGCACAAUCCGGAUCGGCCCUACAUCUGCACCGUUUGCCUGAAGGCCUUCAAGCGGAAGGAGCAACUGAGCCUGCACUUUGUGAUCCACUCCGGGGAGAAGCGGCAUCAGUGUGCCGAAUGUGGCAAAGGAUUCUAUCGCAAGGAUCACCUGCGCAAACACACACGCUCGCACAUAGCCAGAAGGGUUAAAGCGGAGCUCAAUAGUCAUGUUCGUAGGGAGAAUGGAACCAGCAUGCUGCAGCCAGUGGUUACGGAGGCCACCACAGCAGCCUUGCAACAUGCCAAUCAACUAGCCAGCCAGCAGCAACAGUUGCAGCAACAGCAGCAGCAACAGCAGCAGCAACAACAGCAGCAGCAACAGCAGCAGCAGCAGCAACAUCACAUAGUGAUCACGCAGCAGCAGCAACAGGCACCGCAGCAACAGCAGACAUCGCAACAGCAGCAGCAACAGCAGCAAAUGAUAAAUUAGCCAAAUGAUUUUUGUAAAGUCAGUUAAAGCAAAAUUCAAUUUAGCCAAAGCCAAGUCCUCGGUCUUGGUUGCUCUAAAAAAAAUUACAACUCUCUUUCGGUCCACACAAUUUAAUUGACUCUCACAAAAUCGGAUAAUGCAAACAGAAGGAUGUUUUAGCUAAUGUCUUCAGAGGGGUUUUCUUAAUUGAAGAUCCCAACACAGUGUACAAUUUUAAUCAUAAGAUCAUGAUGAUCAUCAGGGGGACCGCCUAUAAGUUCAAGAUCAUUUCUAUAUUUGACUACAUUUCCUGUGAUUUUUAUAAUUUAAACUUAAAAAAUAUGCU